GAUUUGUCAGCUUUGUCUGCGUGCAUCAUCUGGUGAACACUGUACUGAUAUCAUAACUACUAUCAUUACUAUCAUUAUCAUUACUUUUUAUGUUCAUAUUAGUGUUUUAUGCAAAUACCUAAAACAACUAUCUAGUUCACCCCACUUCCACAUUUAUUUAUGAAAUCAUUUUUAUAAUAAACACUGAGACAUCAUAAAAACUAUUUUAUUUUUAAAAAUACUAUGUGUUAGUAUCUAUUUACUAGUUCUACUACUCUUAAUACCAUAACUACAACAAAUAUUGACAAACUUUUGAAACUCUGCACAUCUUGAAUGGAAUAAGCUUGAUUAAAAAACAAUUAUUUAAUUAUUAUUAUUGUCGUUGUCGUUCUACAUGUCUGAUAAUUAUUAGCAAUUUAUUCACUGUGCAUAAUUUAAAUCGUAACAAGUGUAUUUCGAAUGUCAUCACAUCAUUUUAUGAAACCGACAAACAUUCAUUUCAAUACAACAAUUAUUAUUGCUACUAUUACGACUGCUAUUAAUAUCACUCUUUUUAUUUGUUCAAUCCAUAUUUAACACUAACAGAAGCAUUUCAGUGUCCAAUGUAUCAAACAGUAUAAUUGUAUUCGAAACUCCGAUGGUGAUAUUCAACACAGACCAAAUGUUUUAACGUAUUUUAGCUUCUGUUGAGUUACGAUUUUUUUCUUGUACCAAUUUUUAAUACUGAAAGCAGAAUUUAAAAAUUAAAAUUUUUUAAAAAAUCGAUAAAUUGAAACUAAACUCAUGAUGGAUGUAAGUGGUACUGAUCCACGAACAAGAACUGGAUUAUUUUUAUGGCCUUGGGCAAGUUAUCCUGCUGUUGCCGCAAAUGCUGCUGUCGGUGCACAUGCACAACCAAUUAUGAUGGGUGCAAAUGCUGGAGCAAUGAAUGCUAUGCCUGGUUCUAAUAUGUUGAAUGUAUCAUAUACAGGUUCUGGAUCUGCUACUAUACCUGGAAUGAUUGAAGAUCCAUUUGAAAGUUUUUGUCAACGAUUCUCUUAUACUGGUGCACAUGCAGCGCAUAUGUCACAUAUACUUCCACAUCAACAUGUUGGAUUAAGUGAAACACGUCAUUUAUCACAAGAUCAUGAAACAAGUGAUAAUAAUGAUGGUAAUCGUCAUCCAAAUCAUUCACCAUCUAUAAAUCAUACACGUGCACAUAUUACUUCACAUCGUCUGCUUUCUGUUCAACCUCGUGGUAAUAUUAAUCAUUUACAUCAAGACACUAACAGCACAAAUGGUUUAAAUGACCAGUUAAACGAUCCCAGUAAUAAUACUAAUAGUAAUCCAACAGCCGGUUCGAACAGUCAUGCUGCAGCGAUCGCUGCUUUUGCAUCGGCUGCAGCUAAUUCUGCUAUAAUGGGUGCAAAUGAUCCAACAUUAGGCAAUUCUAAUGGUUUAUCUUUAUCACAUGGUAUACAAGUACCGCGUCAUGUACAGUCUAGUUUACGAAAUUCCAAUACAAAUGAAAUGGUUUUAGAUAACUUAUGCAAUGGUUUUGCAAAACCUAGUCAUUUUUCAACUCAACUACAAUCAAGUGUAACAAAUGCUUUAAAUAGGCAGCAAUCAGCGAUCACCUCGGUGAAUUGUAAUAAAUUACAAACGGAUACAAUAACUCCGUAUAAUUUACACUGUCACCAUUUGAAAAAUCUAGGUAAUCCAGCAGCUGUUGCUCUAGCCGCUGCCGCUGUAGUUGGUGGAAGUGGUGGUGGUGGCGGUGGUGUUGUCGGCGGCUGUGUUGGUACAAUUGAUCAUUCACAAUUUCAAACAACAUUUAACAACGAAAUUCGCGAUAAUUCAACACCUACAAGUAAUAAGCAUUUGGAUGAACAAAGUUCAACUAGUAAUAGUAAUAAUAAUAAUAGUAGUAAUAACACAAGAAGGUCGAAUUCAAACAAUGAUAGUUAUUCAAUUUCUCAUGGACAACAACAACAAUUUAUGUUUUCACCAAAAAGUCCUCUUUCUGAUUCAUUGGAAAAUCCAAAUAAAAGUGAAUCAAAUACAGGUAUUGAUCAUACAACACAUAAAUCAACUCGUGGUAAUACAAAUUUAUUGAAUAAAAACAACAGUCGAUUAUUGUCUGGACCACAACAAGAUCGGAUUAAUAAUUUAAUUUUUAGAAAUUCUACUUUAAGAGCUACAGAAUGUUCACCGGAAUCCACAAAUACGAUAGCACCAGAUCGACAUUCAUCAGAUAUGGUCAUGGAUGAUGUAUUAACAAGUCAAAGAGAAGACAAUAAUACAACUAACAAUAAUGUCACAAGUAGUAAUAACAAUAGUAAUAAUGGUAAUGUACGAGUAGAAUCAAGAUUUCUCGGGAUAAAUCAAGAGGAAAAUCUAUCAAUUAAUGGUAUAUGUAAUGGUGAAGGUUCUUUAUCAUCCAUACUGUCUGUUCCAAAUGGUCAUACUCCAUAUCAUCCUCCAGCUAAAGGUUACAAAUGUAAAAUUUGUCAACAUGUAUGUUUUUCACGUCAUGAUUUAUCUGCUCAUAAUGCCGCCACUCAUAAACAAGAUCCUCGACCGUAUAGAUGUGAACAAUGUGGUAGACAAUUUUCAACAUGUGCCUAUCUAUCACAACAUAGACGUAUUCAUACCGGUGUGAAACCGUACGCAUGUCGUUAUUGUGAUCGUCGUUUCACUCAAUUAAGUCAUGUACAACAACAUGAAAGAAUACAUACAGGUGAAAAACCAUAUCGUUGUACAACAUGUAUGAAAAGUUUUACACAAAUGUCUAAUUUGCAAUCACAUCAACGUCAACAUAUGAAAGGUAAACCAUAUCGAUGCGAACAAUGCUUCAUGUCAUUCGAUACAAAAGAAGAAUUAGAUGUACACGUACAAGCAAAGCAUUCGGGUAACCGAUAUGCGAAGGUGAGUAAAAAAGUAUUAGUCUGUCCAAUAUGCACGAAAAACUAUAAUUCUGAAACAUAUUUAGCAAAACAUGUGGAUCGUCAUAAAGAGGCUGCUGCUACGGCUGGUAUGGACGGAAAUGGUUCAAACACUAAUAAUGGUAACAAUAGUAAUAACACUAAUCGUAAUAAUAACAACAAUAGUAAUAAUGUACGGAACCAAACAUGUGUGGAUAAUCUAUUUGCUGCUGGUUUCCAUAAUCAUUCAGUUGCAAUGGCUGCCGCUGCUGCGUCAGCACUUAGUCGAGGAAAUAUGAUUGAGUCAGGUUCAGGUUCGCAUAUAACCGGUAGCCGUCAUUCACAUGGGAGUGGAGGAGCAGGCGGUGGCGGUAGUAUUCAUUCACACAAUCCACACCCUUCUGCUGCUGCUGCCGCCGCUUCAGCGGCUGCGGCGGCUGCUGUCGCUGCAGCUCAUGCACACCAAGAUUUACAUCUACGUGCUGUAGCGGCCGCGGCUGUAGCGAGUGGUAAUGGAGUAGUUGGAGUUGGUGUUGGCAAUCGUAGUGGUGUUAAUGGUGUUAGCCUUGGUAAUGGUGAUAUUGAGAAUCCAUGCGCUUUUUUUAGUCCAAAUGUAAUAUGUUCCAGUGAGACACGAGUGACUAGUUCUAAUGAGUGUGAUUUAUUACAUAAUAAAUUAAAUUAUAGCUCAAUGUCCAGUGCUGGAUUAUUUCAUCAUUUACCGGUAGGAGGUGUCCAUGAUUCAAAUGUUGAACAUUUAACCGCUGCAGCUGUAAUUGAACAACAACAGCAACAACAGCAGUGUCUUGCAUCACAUCGUCAUCAACAAGGAACACAUUUUACUACAGAUGAUAAUAAACAUAUAAAUUCGUUUAAUCAUUCAAAUAUCAUGAAUAAUAUAUCAUCAAAUCAUCAUUCACAAUCUCAACAACAAUAUAAUCAUCAUCAUAAUCAUCCUCAACAACAGCCACAACAUCAACAGCAUAUUCACACGAAUCAACGUAAUCUUCAUUCAUCGUCGUCCUCCUCAUCAUCAUCUUCGUCAUCAUCAUCUAAACGACAGUCUAAUAUGAAAUCAUCUUUAUCACCGCAAUCAAAUCAUCGUUACACUGAGUCACCAGUAACAAAUGAUUCACAAACUCAACAACAUUUACUUAAUUUAACACAACAUCAUUUGACAACUACAAAACAUCUUUGUUCUUUAUCAAUUGAGCCGUCGACGGUUGUGGCAUCAUCAAUGGAUUGUUAUAUUUCAACUCGGGCUACUUCAACAACACCACCGAAAGAAAUGACAGCAGUGAGCAAUGGUACUAAUAAUACUACUACUACUUCUACCACUAGUACUACUACUACUGCUAAUACUACUCAACAACAUUCACAUAUUCAUGCAACAAUAAAUAAUAAUAAUAACAGUAGUAUCAGUAACAAUGGUAAUAGUGGUGAUGAUACCAUUCAUAUAAAACAUUCACAUAAUGAAUCAAUGUCGUCACAGCUUCUACCGCCUCCGGCUCACCAACAUUGUUUACAACCGACUCAAACUAAUCAUUUGAUUGGAUCUCAUACAUUUGUAGAAGGGGUUGAUAAUAAUGGUGGUAACGAUAGUAAUAAUAAUGAAAAAUUAUCGGAAACCUCGAAUUCUACGACCAAUAGUCACUCACAACAUUAUAAUCAUCCUCAACAACUACGUAUUGGAUUAUCACAAGCUCAUUCCAAUCAAACAUUAUUACAUAAUCAUGUAAAUAAUAACUAUUCAUCAGCACCAACAUCACCAGGUGUAUUCAAUUCAACAGGUGGUGGCUUGUCAACAUCAUCAUCGGAUAAUAUAUCAACAUUUGAAGAAUUUAGUCAAAGUUUAGUGAAACUUGAUCAUAGAGAUUCUAUCAGUAAGUGGUUUAAUAAUGAUAGAAUUAAAGAUAAUAAUAAUAAUGUAGUAACUAGUAGUAAGAAUAACAAUAGCAACGAAGUCAAUUAUUGUGAUGACAAUCAUGAUGAUAAUGAUGAUGAAAUGGAGCACAUGAAUGAAGAUAACCAUGAAUCACUCAUUAAUGUAAUCAACAAUGAUAAUGUUAACACUUCAACAAUUAAUAAUAACAAUAAUAGUAUUAAGAAUGAUAUUAAUACAUCUAAUCUUAUGUAUGAUUUUUUAUUUCAUGGAAAUUCAAAUAUUGAUGAUAAUGAACAAAGUGAAACAAUCAAUAAACCAAAUCACCAUAUAGAAAUUAUUGAUACCCAUGGGGUUGAACGCGAAGAACAGCCCGACACUGUGACCGAUUGUGUUUUGAAUUACGAAAAUCAUUUGAGUAAAGCUGAAGAAAUCAUAUUUAACGUUGAAGAAUCUCCACUUAAUAAAAAUCAAGUCUGUCAACCUAUAUCAUCAUCAGUGUCAGGAACAAAAUCAAUAACAACGGGAUCACGAUCAUCACCAAUUUCAUCGCAAAUUUUAACACAACGACUAAUAACAUCCGUGGAGACCAAAUCAUGUAAUGGUAACCUUCGUAAUGGGAUACCGCUAUCAAGGUCAUCAUCGUCAUCAUCAUCAUCGUUAUCAUCAAUCGAGCCUAUUAGAACUGAUGAUGUGACUUCAAAUACAUUGAAACAUGGACAGUAUACUUGUCAGUUAACCAGUGACAAUAGUGAACGUAAUGCACUUGAUAAUGAGUCUAUGUUAAAUCUUCAACAUGAAUCAUCUAACUUACAUGACGUCAAUGAAACCGAUGAUCAACAUAUUAUGUCUAAUAAAUUAAAAUCAAUCGAUAUGGAACAAUUAUUCCCCAGUAAUAAUGAUAAUAAUAACGAGGACAUAACUAAUUUAGAUAACCUUAACAUUAAUGACAAAAUUAUCUGUGAGAAUUUACAACUGAAUAAUAACACUGAUACAACUCUAAUGAAUCAUCGUUCAUUGAAACGUAGUUUAUCCUCAAACGACAAUUACCAACAUAAUCGUUUGAAAAAUCGUCAUCAUCAAACAGAAAGUCAUGAUAUGGAGAAUGGUGAUGAAUUCUUGACUAUAUCAUCAUCAUUACAUCAUAAACAUCAUAAUAUUAUCAAUAGUAGUAAUGAGAAGAAUUCAAUGAACAUGUUAUCAUUAACAUCACCAGCGAAUAUAUGUGAUGUAGAUAAUUUUGAUCAUGAUGGUGAUGACGAUGAUGAUGGUGAUGGCGAAGAUGCAGAUAAUGACAUUGAUGAUAAGAAUACUGUUUUUGAUGAUAAUGACAAUGUUGAUAUUAAUCAAAAAACUGUUGUAAAUAAAACCAAUGAAAAUAAUAACAAUGAUACUGUCGGUUGUAAUGUUGAUGAUCAUCUACAAGCAAUGGAUCAUUUAAAAUCAGAGUUCAAUGAUCAAACUCCAUUUUAUUUAGGUGAAAAAAGUCAACCAGAAGAAACUGUAGAUCAGAAUUCUUCUUUAUCGUCAACAGUUAUAGAAAAACAACAUUUAGAAACAAUCAAUUCUAGUAAACGAAGACGUCGACAUCAGUACACACCACAACAUUUGCCUGUGUUUGAAUUGAACACAAAAGAUACAAUAGAAAAAUGUAAAAAUAAUAAUACUAACAGUACUACUACUACUACUUCUACCAAUACUAUAAGUAAUAAUAACAAUAGUAAAAAUGCACAUGCUACAGUAAUUGCAGGCUGUUUUACAAAUCGACGUAAUAAAAAUGGUCAUAGUAUUUUAGAAAAUGGUGAUAGCAAAUGUUUAAAGAAAGAAAAAUUAAAUGAUAAACCCAAUACAAUAGAUAACAAUAAUUUUAACAAAGAUGAUGGUAAUUUUAGUAGUAAUGAUACUAAUAAUAAGUCAACGAAUAGGGAAUGUUAUUUUCCUGCUUUUUAAAUAACAUUUGUUUAUUUUUAUUGACAUGAAUAGAAGAGACUGUACAGUAUGAUUGAUAUAUGAGAGUUUCGAUUCUUGCGAAUAUUUACUAAUUGUUAUCUCAAUUCAAAUUUUAAACAUUCUAAUAUAUAUAUAUAUAUAUAUAUAUAUAUAUAUAUAUAUAUAUAUAUAUAUAUAUAUAUAUAUAUACGCUGGUUUUGCUUUAGAUUACAAAACAGAUGACCCCCUUUCCACAAACCCCAUACUUUUUUAACGUGCUACUCUAUUCAUUUUUCUUUUAUUCACUAAAAUCAUCGAAUAUCCCGGUCAUAAAUAUGCUUUUUUGAUUCGUCUUAUAGAUUAUUAUUGUUGUUAUUAUAAACGUUAAUAAGACUUUAUGUCAUACAAAAAGAUAUUUAAAUAGAACUUUCUUACAUAUUUCAAAGGUGGGGACAGUUUUUUCAGUUAAAGUAUACUACUCAUCUAUGUUUAAGUAGGUCAACGAACAAUGUAAAAAAUAUCACUGCUUGUCAGUACAUUUAAUUGUGAUUUGGUUUAUCAUCAGUUUUAAUCCCUAUUUUCACAUAUUCAUGCGCAUAUUUCAGAAUUACCAAUAAAACAAAUGAAAAUUAAUGGGAAUUAUUUUUUCAUAACCUUGAAUAAACAAACGAGUUAUUACUAUUAUUGUUCUUAUUAUUAAUAUCAUCAGAUUAUUAAGUUUCAUCAUACCUCAUUUCAUAAAUAAUUAUUUAACUAAUAGUGUAACAUAUUUUUGUUCAUUUUCAUGACAUUACGCAUACACAUUAUACCGGUAUUUCAUUGAACUAACAACGUAUGGUACUUUUGUGCACUUCACCAAAUUUGAAAUAUAAAUUAUUUUGAAAGCAAAAUAUAGUUUAUCCUUUAUACGUUCAACCGAAAUUGGAAUUGGCUGAAGAGUGAAGAAAUGAAAGUCAUAAAAUUUUGGAUAAGAUUUGAGAAGAUUAAAUGGAAAUAGAAAAAGAACUCCAGAACAAGGAAUAAUAAGGAAACUUGACCCUUUCUCUCUUUGCAAAAUGAUAAAUAAAAAAGGUAUUAUUUAAGAGAAAAGAUCUGUCAUAUUUUUCUACGCUUCAUUUCUUAUAUAUAUAUAUCUUAAGAACAACUCUCAGUUUGCCAUUACUUUUGAAAAUAUGUACACGUAUAUAUGUGUACUCAUGUACUAAGGAAAUUUAUGUUUGUUUACGGAUUACUUUACAAUUUACUGAAGGAGUAGUAAAAUGAAAAGAAUUGGAAUUAGGUUACUUUGUGUUUAUUUGAGUUGCUCUUCACUCUGCGCACCGCUAACCCACUACCGAUAUUUAGUAAUAACUAUAUUGACUGUUUUUUGUCAUUUACUAUCUUAUUAUCAAGAGUAGCAUUAUCAAUAUUGUAUUUGUCACGAUAUGUUUGGAUUUACUGUUUCAUCACAUUCGUAUUGUCCUUACUAUCCCGUCCCGUUGAUAAUAUUUAUCUUCAUCGAUCGCAUAAUACAUUUACGUAUACACAUUAAAACAUUGAAAGUAAUCUAAAGUCAUCUUAUCAGUAAAAUGUUGAAAAUCUUACUUUAUACCAUCUGGCAAUAUACAAAUCAUGUAUGUGUUAUUUUAUAUCACAAAACCAUUGUCCCUCCUCUCUCUAUCAAUUGCUCAUCUGUAUGUAGAUAAGCAAAAACCAGCCUUGAAAUCAAACGAUCAAUGUAAAAAUGUUUAUUUCAACCGUUUUUUUUAUUUACUUAUAAUGAAUGUUGUGUUUGAGUAAAACAAGUAGAACAAUGAUCAUUAUAAAUUAAAAUUGAAAAUACAUAAAGAAUAUUUAUUAGAAUGGUAUGAUGAUAUUUUGGCUAUAAUUAUUGUCAUUUGUAUGAUAUUGUAUUUUGUUAAAGUUCAGUCUUAAUAAUAUUAAUGUAAAGUAAUUGACUGU